AGUGGUGGGGAGCCGAGGGCCGGGGGGGGAAUGGUGGUGUUGUUGCUUGUCGUGGCGGCGGGACCGGGCUCGGGAUGAGCUGGAAGGUGCGGUGGGGCCCUACCCCAGAGCGGUCGCCCCCGGGCGACGGCGACCAGUCGCCGCCCCCUUCGAGCUCACCUCCCCGGGCGGUGUCACCGAAGUCACCCCCGGCCUCCUUUUCUUCCACCACCCCAGUCACGACCCCAGGCGGGGGGCUCUUCGCCUGGGUGCGGGAACGGAGCCAGGGCCAUGGGGGCCGCUGCGUGGAGCCGGCGAGGGACACAUUCCGGGCCAUGACGAGGCUCUAUGGUGCUAUUCAACCCGCCGAUUCGGUGUCCCCCAUCACCCGCACCCACGGCGCUGUUUUCAACCUGGAGUACUCCCCUGGCGGGUCAGUGCUAACUGUUGCUUGUGAACAAACAGAAGUCCUGCUGUUCGAUCCCAUCUCUUCAAAGCACAUCAAAACCCUUUCCACUGCUCAUGAGGAUUGUGUAAAUAAUAUCAGGUUUCUUGAUAACAGAUUGUUUGCAACGUGCUCUGAUGAUACUACCGUGGCACUAUGGGAUCUGAGGAAGCUAGAUUCAAAAGUGUGCACUUUACAUGGUCACACCAGCUGGGUGAAGAAUAUUGAAUAUGAUACUAACACAAGAUUGCUAGUAACAUCAGGAUUUGAUGGAAAUGUCAUCAUUUGGGAUACCAACAGGUGCACAGAAUACGGUUGUCCUCACAAGAAGUUCUUUCACACCCGCUUUCUCAUGCGCAUGAGAUUGACUCCAGACUGCUCCAAAAUGCUGAUCUCCACUUCUUCUGGGUAUCUUCUGAUCUUGCAUGAUCUCGACUUGACCAAAUCUUUAGAAGUUGUCAGUUAUCCCAUUCUGAGAGCCAGGAGAACCACAUCAAAUUCUGAUCUGGCAUCUGUCACUUCAUCUGGUCCUAGAAGUGCUGGGUCACCAGGACAUCAAGGAGAUUCAAGCCCACAUACUGAAAAACAUACAGUACGAGUAACUCAGCGAGAAGGUGGAUCUCCACGUAAUAGUCUUGAGGUUUUAACCCCAGAGGUCCCAGGGGAGAGGGAUCGGGGAAACUGCAUUACAUCACUGCAGCUCCAUCCCAAAGGAUGGGCUACACUUCUUCGAUGUUCAAGUAACACUGAUGAUCAGGAGUGGACCUGUGUUUAUGAAUUCCAGGAAGGAGCACCAGUGCGGCCAGUUUCCCCUCGCUGUUCCCUCAGAUUGACUCAUUGCAUCGAAGAGGCCAAUGUUGGCCAGGGCUACAUUAAAGAACUCUGUUUCAGCCCCGAUGGUCGAAUGAUCUCCUCCCCACAUGGCUAUGGAAUCCGUUUGUUGGGGUUUGACACCCAGUGCAGCGAACUGAUUGACUGCUUGCCCAAAGAAGCCGCCCCCUUGCAGGAGAUCCGUUCACUCUACUCGCACGGCGAUGUGGUUCUGACUACCAAGUUCUCCCCCACGCACUGUCAGAUUGCCUCUGGGUGCCUUAGUGGUCGUGUAUCUUUAUAUCAGCCAAAGUUCUAGGCUCCCCUGGCCUUCAAAGGAACAUCUCUGUGUGUGUUUUUUUUAAUUACUUCAGUUUAGUUGGAGUGUUUGCUUUUUUAAACAAGUCUUGUAAAUUUGGACAAGUACAGAGUUAAUAUUGGACUUAAAGCUGAUUCCAAGUCCAGUCCUUUAUGUGCUGUGACUGAAUUUGCACAUUAGAAUUUUGUGUAUCUUUCUGCUCCUGAUAAUUCCAUCUCUAUUUAGAAGUAGCUUGGUAGCACUUGUAAACCUUGUUUUCUGUGUGUCUCUUCAUGCAAGAUUUUGGGUGGGCUUGAAAGGAGGGGAAACAACCAGCUAAAACUUGUCUGCUGCUUUGUAUCAAAGGAGUGGAGAUCAGCCCACUUGGACUCUUUGAUUUCUGGAUUUUGCUGUAUAUUUUCUCCUAAGUAAUAGAGCACUUUCUUGCACAUUGGACUAAUUAUAGCCAGCAUUUACAUUAUUUUUUCGUGAACAACUAAAUAGACUGUUAUCAUUACUUUGUUGUAUUUUUCUGCUGUGGUUCAAUUUGUAGGCUGGUACUCUUUAAGAACUGUGCAGUGUUAAUUAUCGCUCUGUGCUCCCCCAUACAAACCCCUCUCAUCUAGGUCCAUCCUUGACUUGCUGGAGAAAGUUUAUUGGGAACUGAAUAACUUAACAUUUUUCUUUUACAAAUUUCUGUUAAAGGACCAUCUUCUAUAAAAUUAUUGGACAUAGAUUUGGAGAAGGGAGUAUGUGCCCAACCAUAUAUAUUUACAAUCUGGCAGGAAAUUCUCCACCACAAACCUCAGUAAAAUGAAUUGGAGCUUUUAAGCAAACAAGUUUUGGUGGAGCUUUAAACUAACCUUCUGUUCAUUUAAAAGAGGCUGGUGCUGGCGAACAUCCUGAAGCUUUGGGUCCUUUCUCGUGAUUGGUUUCAUCGCAACAAAGGACUUUGAAAUUGAAUAAAAUCUUUUUUUUAAUGUCAGUUUUCAAAUGAAUGCUGCUCAGUCCUGUAUUUAUGUUUGCAACAUGAUUAAGGCUAGUUGGCUUUUGAUGUGCCUUGCAAGCCACCCACAGGUAAGCUAUAGCAUGUGGAAAAAAAAAACUUUAGUGCACACACCUUACACCAUAUGUUGCAAGAUUAUAGAUUAUAUAAUCAAAGACCUACAUAUAUAUAUAUUUGUUUUCUGAGGUUUUCGGGGGUGUUUGUAUGUAGGUCUUUGGUUAUUCGGGUUUUCUCCCGCGUCAAAUUGGAUAUAGUGUUUAUGUUUGUGUAUAUAUAUAAAAUUAUCACCAGCUGUAUAUGAAAAUCAAAAGGUUUUGCCAAACUAAAUAUUUUUUUCUGUUCCAAUAGUAACACAUUUUAUUAGCAUAUUUGCAUGUGAGAACAUGUCAUAGUAACAUGGCUGUAAUACCUCUGAAGAUGUUUCAACAAAAUCAAAUGUCCUGUUGUUGCCCAGUAGAGGCAUAAGCAGAAUUCCUUAUACUAGAACAGUGUUUCCCAAACUUGACAAUUUUAAGGCAUGUGGACUUCAACUCCCAGAAUUCCACAGCCAGCUCUGGGAGUUGAAGUCCUCAUGCCUUAAAAUUGUCAAGUUUGGGAAACACUGUACUAGAAGAUCGCUGAAUUUCCAUUGAACAUGAGAUACAUAAAACAUAAAUUAAUUGCGUGUCAUUUUCCGUAGAUAUGCAAGUAAGGUGACAGAUCAUUGGCUCCUUGGUUUCGACAGGCAAAGUGUUUGAUUCAGAGCCAUUUUGAGACUUAAGGUUUUGCCAAAUUCUCGUUCCUAUCUGUUUAAAUCAUCUAAAACUCAUCUACAUGACAGUUUUCUAUCUGAUAUCCUGGAAACUAAUAUGAAUGCAUGCCUGAAUAAUUUUUAAAAGAAAGUGAUUUUUCCAGUAGGAGGACAAGUUUCCUUUAGCAAUUAGCCGCUCUGCAAGUUUUUCUGAAAAUUAUGCCAAAUACAGAAUAAACUUAUAAAGUGGCUCAGAAAUAUAUCAGAUUUUGGAUAAUAGAUGUCUAUAGAUGCUGUUCUGAAAAAAAAAGUGUUGACUGAUUCUCAGAAUAGUUUGUGUAGCCAUUUUAUUAAAAACUUGUGGCUUAUGGGACUAGAAUGUAGCUGUUGAUCACCAUAUGCUCUGUAGUUGAUUUAAUAGAUUAACAGAAAUAUGAACAAGCCUAGAGCUAUGCUGUCUGAAAUAUAUCUUAAGUUAGAUAUAGGAUGGAAUGGCAGACAAUACCUAUACUUCUUGUUCUUCUGGUGAUUCAGUCUUUGUUUAAUAUUGUUCAUCGUCAAGAGUUGAGUUUCUAGCUAUCUAUUUUAAUGGCUAGAACGAUUUUCUUAAUCCAAAACCUGCUUACCCAUGUGGUGUAUUUAAAUGGUGCUCUCAUGUAUGUGAGGGAAAGGUAAACAAAUAUAUUGUAGAUACGAGAUAAAUACAAUUUCCAUUUAAAAUUAAGUACAAAUCACUUUUUGCUGGAUGAUCUGAAUUAGCUAGAUAUGUCCACAUAAUCAGUUCUUGAAUUAUAAGAUAAAAUCAGAUUUAAAAUCAGUUUGCAGAUCAAGCUCUAUGGUUUGAGUCCAAUCUUACAUUUUUAUUUUUAAUCUAUUCUUUGCUUAAAAUUUUUAGAAUAUAUGCAUUUCUGCUUAAAUUUUAUGUAUACCCCAAAGGCAUAAAAAAAACAACAACAGCUGAGACAGAAAACCAAAAAAUAGAAAAUGCUGGUUGUCAACUAUUGUCCCUUUAACUGGGCUGCAGAGAGAAGUAAUAUAGGCCAUGGCUUAUCAUAGAUAAUUACUUUGUAAAUAAAAAAUAUGUGGUUAGAUCAAUCAUUGGAAUAUGAACUGGACAGCAGGUACUUGAAACCUUGUCAAGAUUUCAAAUGGAUGGCAAAGCAAUUAGGUAGACAGCAGCACCAUAUUUACAUUGGUCCACCUAAACAUUGAAUGUUGCGAUACACUCCCUUUCUUCCUUCUCCCCAAUCCCAAAAUCUUUUUUAAGGUAAAUCAUUAAACGUUAAUCUUCUUACAGCAUCUGAACUCUGUAUGAUUCCUGUAUUCCUGCUUCUUUCUUUUGGAGGUUAGACUGGGAUGGAAGGAGAAAUGUCUUUGUGCUUUUGUAUACAUACUGACUCCAUCUUUUCUUUUUCCAUUUGAAAACUUCCCAGUUAUUUCAUUUUCACAUGAGUAGGUAUAUUUUUUGAUGUCCAAUCAGUAGUAAUCUUCCAAGACUACACUUGUGAGAACUGGCAUAUUACGAGGGUCUGAAAAUAUUAUUCUUAAACCCUGUAACUAGUUAUUAUAUUUACAGAGGAAAAAGUUAUUGUGUUUGGUUCAACUUUUGAGUUAUAUCUGUCAGAAAUAAACCUAAGGCCAAAUGGACUUACAGAAUAAGGAGAUUCUUGGUAUGUCAGAUUUAGUUAAAAGGAGCAGGGGGAUGCAGAGAAGAUUCAUGGUGCUUAAACUGCACAUAGAAGUACAAGCCAGUGGUUAUGAAUCAGAGUUUUGUGUAUAUAUAGGUCAUUAAUUCUAUACUAUGAGAAAAAUAUAUACAUAAAAUGGAAACUUCCCUUAGUCCAGCUGCCAGAAUUUGAAUUCUGCUUAUUUUUUAUGUAGGAUAAGGUUACAUAAAAGUUAUUCUGGGGAUUAAAAACAAGUGUUUGGGGGAUAAAAGUGUAACUCCCGUGUUUUAGGUUCUCCUGUGAAACUGAAUCACCUAGUCAGGAAAGUUUGAGAAAGUGAACUUCUGUAUGUGCAUAUGCAUACACCCAAGCAGAGUGCAAGCUUUAAAUGCAUAAGUUCCAGGUUGUACUGUUGAAAUCUUUUUUUUUAAAGUUAUUUGAUGAAGGAAAUUACUGAAUUAUUCCCUUUGAUGUCCUGGAGAAUGGCUGUGAUUCGGAGCAGUAAAUGGCAUACAUCUAAGUAGACCGACGAAUCUGAACUUAUACAGGUUUACAUUGUCUUGACUGUCAGCCUACAUUUAUCUUCAGAGCUCUUUUUUUUAGUACAAAAUUUGUAGGCUAAGAAGCAGGGUUUCUUCAGAGUUCUCAUUCAAAAAGAGCAAUGGUUUUCUGAAAUGCAGUGCCUUUUUGCUAAUGUCAAUCUUAGUACAGUUCCAGUGACUUCAAAUUAUGCUAAAAUACUUUUUGAAUUGCCUAUAAAUGUUAUCUCAAAAUUCAAUUGGUUGGCUGUGUAUUUGUAGCUAUGACUAUACUUCAAAAAAGAUCAGAUGCUGUUUUAUUUGGAAUGAAGCUGCCUAGAUGAUACUAACUUUAAAGUACAAUCAUAGAAAUAGUCUUCACUAUUACUAGCAAGAGCUGUUUGGCAAGUGGGGAGCUACAUAAUGGAAUGAAUGAAUGAAUCAACAGUAUGAAUGGAUCAAUAUGUUAUGUUAUAAAAAAUUAUCUUUCAAGCUUCCAGAUCAAGCUUUAUGUAAUUUUCUUCCAGAUAAUAUUUCAGUGAGCUGGAUUCUUAAAAGUAUUUUUGUUUAGUCGUUUUAUUUUGAUAAUGCAAAAGCUUCCGUCAUGGUAAUUUUUUACCUAUUUCUUAAUCAAACUUCUCAAAUAUUUUGCAGUAUAACUGUAAAUUCUGUCACAGACCAAAAACUGACCGAAUAGUAAGAUUCUGCAACAUGUGGGAAAAUAUGCAUAUGGAACAAAUACUUAGCAUCUCUUCUUGUGGUAAGAUGAACAAUCAAUCAUUGCUUUUGCAAGCUAAGAACCAAGACACUAAUUCCAGUCACUGAAAAAGUGUCCCCUCCUCCAAGUUCUAAUAUAAUUUUCAAGCAUAUUUUUACAAUCAUAAGAGUUGGAACAUUUUCUUUUUUAAAAAACAAAAACCAAGAUGCUGAGUUUCCCAGGAAGCAUUUUGCACUUUCCAUAAUCCUUAUGGAAUUCUGACAUGCAGCCAUGAAGAUGAUUUGGUGUUUGGAUUACCCUAAUCUAACCCUUCUUAAAGCUUUAAAAAUCUUCAGUAGAAAUGCAGAGAGUAAUUGAACGUGGCUUAUAUUUUUUAGUAGAACUGAAUUUAUUGUAUUGCAAUCACUGUAAAUUAAAUAUUGCAUUGCAUUUUUAAAAAAAUUCCUACCUCAUAUCAUGCUUUUCUUUAAAAACAAAACAAAAGUAUGCUUAUUUUUAAAAUCAGCGUAGUUCCUUUUCAAAAUGCACAAAGCCAGCAGUGCAAAGGAAUUAUCUUAGGCAACUGAGAAUGGCCCCUUGAAGCAAAGCAAGGCUAUUCAAUAUUCUGCAUGUAGUGCUAGAACGCUGCUGUUUUUCACCAAUUCUGAGUCUCCAGAUGUGUUGGAUUACCACCCCCAUAAUCCACAGUCUCCAUGAGCUUUGCUUAUUUUUUUACAUCACUGCUUUGAUUACUGCUACAUACAUUGGUUUAGUACUUCAAUAUCUUAAAAUCAUAUACUAUACUGAACUUAAUCUUAGUUUUAGAAAUGUUCAGUGAGUCACUGAUCACUCGGUCUCGUAGUUAUCAUCCGUAAAGAACAUUUAGUGAUGUUAGAUAGUACGGCCACAUAGCUUUUUAAAAUGAAACAUUUUAGAGUGGGAAUGUUUCGAGCUUAGUUAUUAUUUUGGCUUAAUGAAUAUUAACAUUUAACUUUGUAAAAUCCUAGGAACAAUCUCUGUUCCUUAAUAAGGGGAAAGUUGCCUGAUUAUAAAAAUGCAGCAUUGAAAGUUAACAUUCUUCUUAUGCAUGUCUUUUCAAAGAUCUCCAGUAAACAUUAGCUAUAACUAUAACUGAUUCAUACCAUUUUUCCUUUUCACAUCAUUUAUUUAUAUCAACUUUUACAUCUGUUUAUGAUUCUGAACGGAAUAUGUACUAUGCCCUUAUAUUCUUUAAUUGAAUAGCUUAAUCAUAUUUUUGUAUAUUAAACUGUAGAAAGCAUAACAUAUCAGCCAGAGCAGAUACAUUGUAUUUAUUGAGUUUGAUACAUUGAUACAAAAACCUUAUAAGAAUUUAUCAUCACACUACUGAUACGUACAAUUUUAAUUGUUGCUGAAUGUACACUGAGUGCAGUAAUAUACAUCAGAUUUGAAAAUGGAUAAAUCUUGAGUACUGUACAGGGGUAAAAAGGGCUUCUACUGAUAAAAUAUUGCCACUUAGGUUGUGAAAAAUGUUUCAAUGACAUUGAAAUCAGACUAGAAUUUGUUGCAUUGAUUUCUAAAGGGCAUAGAGCACACAUUAAAAUUGCCACUUAUUCCAAGUGCAAAAUUUGCAUUGAAAACUGUCAGCUACGGUUGGCAACAUUACCUGAAAGACAGCUGGCCCAACACCAUUAAUCUGGUAUAAUGUACAAUGGUAAGAAAAUGUCAAGAUGUUUGGGGAAUCAAAAUGUUGAAGCUCAAUACCUGUGGGAAUAGGGUACAUAUUCUUGAACAUGCCCCAGAGUUAAUUUCUUAGCAUGCAAAUUCAUGUGGAAAGUAUUCCUUGAGCAUGAAAGCAAUUGCUUUGACACUGUAUACCAGUUAUAGAUGAUCAGAAUUGGAAGCUGUUGCAUAUUUUGCAUGCUUUUCUCUCAAAUAUUUUUGUUACAGGUUGACUCUGAACACCUAAAUAUUCUUUCUUUUCGCCUUUUUUCUAAUGAAUGUCAGGUUUUAGCUCUAAAGCAUGGGGAAGGCGGAAAUUCUAAAUAUAUUAUGGAAUAAACACCAUUGGAUGCGAGUGAACAUAUUUCAUGGACAGGAUUUCAUUGCAAAAGUUAGCAGAUAGAGAUUUGAUGAGUUCUGUAAAAAUAUCAAUUACAUUUCUCUCUACUUAUAUGAAAAAUAGUUGCAUAAAAAUGUACUAGUUUCCAGAUUCAAUCUAAAAAGGGAUUGGGUAUGACUUCCACCAAUGUAUGAAUUCUGUAAACAGCGGUUUUUAGAUGUCCAUGUAUCAGACAGAGCUGACCAACUGAUGCUAGUUUGGAAGAGAGAGCUUUCCUCCCUUUUGUAGAUCAUUGUGGAAAACUGUUGAGUGAAAUUUGGAGACCACUAUAAUGGAGAAUUAUUUCCCAAAUGUCAAAACAGAAGAGGCUGAAAAAAAUGAAGUAAAUAGAUGAGUUGAAAUGUACAUUAAUCUAAAGUCAGUUCUUUAAAUAAUUUGCAUCCCAUUUGUUAAUAGCUUUGUUGUGUCGGCUUAUUUGUAAACAUUUAUCUUUCCAUCUCGUGCAAAAAUGUUUCUUUUUAAAUAUGGAAGUACAAAUUGGUGCAUGUAGAGUACUUUGAAAUUAUUUCAUAAUAAAAGGUGUACAUUUUAAAUACAUCUAUAAGAUCUGUCUAGAAAAUGUAUUUACUCUUACACGGGUGAUGUAAAUGUUUGAACGAUUUCUCUUGCUUGCUUAAUAAACACUUCAUACUCUGAA